ACAAUUUCCACAUCAAUCAGCGAGGUUUUGCGCGUUCGGAUAGACUACGUCUCUAAGCUAUAUGGAGCCUAUAUCUAUUCUGACCUCCGUUUCGGGCGCAAGCCGUGCUGCCCUCGCACUAUCGACAACCCUCUUCAGUUUCGUCCAAGCAACGAGAAACAUUGAUCAAAAUGUCCGGUCCUUGUAUGACGAGGUUACUGGUCUCAGUCGUACUAUCGAUGCCAUCAGCAGCAGUUUGAGAACCGCAGACAUCGAGACACCAAAGCAGACUCAGCGUAACCAUGACCUCUGGCGGUCGGUGGAUGCGUCGCUAGGUGAUUGUCGUGUUGUUCUUGACAGCAUGCACAAGACUCUACAAAGCGUCAAGAAAACUGGGUCAAAUGUAGCUGCGCAAAUGCUCCGGGCUUUCAAACUCAACUGGAAGGAAGAUGAAAUCAAAACCUUGCGGUCCCAAAUUCAGAGCCAGAACGCGGCGCUUCAACUCGCUCUGCAAGCAAUCAACGUGUGAGUCGAGUCGAGUCACUUCAAUAUACUCGUACAAUUAUCUUGGCAAGCUCACUAAUGAAAUAU